AUGUCAACUGCUGCCAGACCCCUUAACGACGAUGAAGUCUUUUCUGAAAUGAAAAAGAUGGCAGAUGAAGAGUUCAAUAUCGAAAAGGCAAAGAUUGUUCGCCAAGAAUCCUUAAACAUAGACUCUGUUUUCGAGCGCAAGAUUAAACAAGCCGAAGUUCAAAAGAGAAUUGCUCAAUCUAAUCACGUCAAUAAAGCCCGUCUCAAGAUUCUUCAAGAACGUCAAGUCGUCUUGGAUGACCUCUUUGAAGAGGCUAAUAAACUCAUUCACGAACUUUCCAACGACAGUGAUCGCUAUACAACUUUGAUGGAAGGUCUGAUUCUACAAGGAGCUUUUUCUUUAAUGGAGAAAAAAAUCAAUAUUCGUUGUCGCGAACAAGAUGUUGAAAUUGUCCAAUCUGUAUUGGACAACGUUGCUGAUAAAUACGAAGAAAGCUUAAAGUUUAGACCUACUUUAAACAUUAGUGAUGACUACUUGCCCGCAUCCAGUGCUGGUGGUGUUAUUUUGUCUGGUCUUGAGGAUAGAAUUACUGUUGACAAUACCUUGAGUGCUCGCUUAGAUAUUGCUAAAGAUGAAAUGUUACCCCAAAUCCGUGUCGCUUUAUUUGGCCACUCUGCCAGUAGAGCUUUCUUCAACUAA